AUGAGGUGGGAUAGUCCCCUGGUUGACCUGUUUUUCUCCAACCAGUUCCUUCAGAUCACCACUACUGUGCCAUCCACUUCUGUGUAUGGAUUUGGUGAACAUGAGCACCCGACCUUCAAACACAACAUGGACUUCAGUACCUAUGGCAUGUAUGCCAGGGAUCAGGCACCAACGUCAUUUGCCAACCUCUAUGGAGUUCACCCUUUCUACAUGUGUGUAGAACCUGACUCCAAUGCCCACGGUGUUCUCCUUCUGAACUCCAAUGCACAAGAUGUUACUCUGUCUCCAAACCCAUCUUUGACUGUCCGCACUAUUGGGGGGAUCUUCGACUUCUAUCUCUUCCUGGGACCCACCCCCGAAAAUGUCAUUCAGCAAUACACUGAGGCCAUUGGACGCCCUCACAUGCCAGCCUACUGGUCUCUGGGAUUUCAGCUCUCCCGCUGGGGCUAUGGCAGCCUUGAUGUUUUAAAGCAAACUGUCGAUCGCAUGCACCGCUAUGAUAUCCCGUAUGAUGUCCAACAUCUUGAUAUUGACUACAUGGAACGUCGCCUGGACUUUACCUAUGAUAAAGUGAAUUUUGCUGGUCUGCCAGAGUACAUCCAGGAGCUGAAGAAGAAAGGAAUGCACAAUAUUGUGAUUCUGGACCCUUUCAUAACCAAGGAUGAGGAACCAGGCACUUACAAACCUUAUGAUCUUGGCCAGGAAAUGGGAGUCUGGGUGAACAACUCUGAUGGUGUAACUCCUGCUGUUGGGCAGGCCUGGCCUCCUGGAGAUUCCGUGUUUCCUGACUACACCAACCCCAGGACAGUGGAGUGGUGGACCCAGCUGUGUCUGGAGUUUAAGGAUGUCCUUGACUACGAUGGGAUCUGGAUUGAUAUGAAUGAACCAUCCAAUUUCUUAAGAGGCCAAUAUCCUGGAUGUGCUGAUAAUGAAAUCAAUAACCCUCCUUACAUUCCUAGCAUUUCAGAUCGUUCUCUGUCUCAAAAGACAUUGUGUCCUGACUCCAAGACUUACCUCGGAGAGCAUUAUAACACACACUCUCUCUUUGGCUGGUCACAGACAGAACCAACUUUCAAGUGAUGUUGUCCAGGAGCCACUGGAAAGCGAGCAUUUGUCUUGAGUCGGUCUACGUUUGUUGGCAGUGGGAAGCAUGGGGCUCACUGGCUGGGUGACAACUUCUCUCAGUGGAAGGACCUGCGCCGGUCAAUCAUUGGAAUCCUGGAAUUCAACCUCUUUGGCAUUCCCUAUAUUGGUGCUGAUAUCUGUGGGUUUAACUGUAACACUACCUAUGAACUCUGCCUGCGCUGGAUGCAGCUUGGCUCUUUCUACCCAUUUUCCAGAAAUCACAAUGCAGAGGGAAACAGCGAACAAGACCCAGCGGUGUUCGGAGACGAGUUUGCCGGGAUAUCUCGUGCUGCCCUUCAGAUCAGAUACUCACUGCUGCCAUACUUGUACACCUUGUUCUACGAGUCUCACGUGCACGGAAACACAGUGGUGGGGUCACUGAUGCACGAAUUUACCUCUGAUCAGCAGACUCGUGGAAUAGAUACUGCCUUCCUUUGGGGACCUGCCUUUAUGAUUGCUCCUGUUCUUGAUGAGGGAGCAAGAUCUGUGGAUGUAUACUUCCCUGAUGCAGAAUGGUUUGACUACUGUACCGGUCUUAAAGUGCCAAGUGCCUGGAAGAAGAACUAUUCUACUGUGUCUGCCCCACUGAGCAAGAUCCCUCUGUUCAUCCGUGGAGGGUACAUUCUACCAGAACAGGCACCAGCCACAACCACCACAACCUGUCCUCAGGCUGCCUUUUCAGCAGUAUAA